AUGCCUGAAACUAAAUGGGAAAGAGGUAGAAAGGCAGACGUAAUUCAAGUUUCCAAUGAGAAAGAAACCACAUCGACUAUAGAAGACAGUUCUAGUGUCAGCAAGCCCGGGGCCGAAGUAUCUGAUAAUCAAGCCGGCACCUACAUGCUAGAUGAUUUUCUUUACAAGGGAAGACCACACCGUCGCCAAUUUGGAUUAUUAUUCCACAACAAGGAAGAGAGUAUUUUCAGUAUUUUGAAACUGUUUUGGAUCCCUGUUAAGCUCUGUUCUUAUCCUAUCAUUGUAUGGGCUUCAAUUGUAUACUCUGGAUGUGCCAGUUUGUUUUUGAUGAUUAAUAUGACGCAGUCGGCCAACUUUGCUGCUCCUCCCUAUAAUUUUUCACCUUCUGCCGUCGGCUAUACAAACUUUGCUGUUCUCGGUGGCCUUGUUAUAGGGUUAUUUACAGCUGGGCCCUUUUCCGACUGGAUUUGCAAGUUCUCAACUAAGAGAAAUGGUAAUGUACGUGAGCCCGAAAUGCGAUUACCAGCGCUAAUUCCUUUUGCUAUUAUUGCCACGGUUGGUACUGUAAUCAUUACAGUGGGAUACACUCAGAAAUGGGACUGGCCAGUCAUUGUGAUCUUGGGCUACGGAUGCAUUGGUCUACAAACAUCUUCAAUCAUGGGUAUAGUUUCUACUUAUGCUGUUGAUGGCUAUGUUAAUGCUUCUGGUAGUAUUUUCGUGCUUGCUUCAAUUUUUAAAGAUGUAUAUGGCUAUGGUGUAUCGAAAUACUUGCCACCAAUGAUUCCCGAAAAAGGAUAUACUACAUCUAUAAUGGUUGUCUAUGCUGUUGCCAUUGGGCCUCUUGCUUUGGCAGUGGUCAUGUACUUUAUUGGUAAGCCUUUGAGACGUCUCUCGAGAAACAGUUCUGUUCAUCAUAUGUAA